GAACGGCCGGCGAUGAGCCCACAUCGGGCCCAGCUGGUUGCAAAGGCCCGAUCAGCUCGGCCGUGGCUGUGGCCGUCGGCGUAGCGACGCUUCUGAUCCUGGUGGCUUCCGUGGCUUUCGGUGCCUUGCAUCGCGGCGACGAGACGGGCCAGGUCCUGGACUUCAGAGACGUGAGGCGCUCGAAUUUGGGGGGCCGAGGCCCGGACUUGGGGGCCCCAGAGCUGGUUUACGGCUCCGUCCUCUGGGGCGCCGAAGGACACGUCGAUCUGGUCGUGCAGGCCAGCCACGGCUACCAAGCCCAGACCGCCCGAGACAACGGCCUCGAGGGGCACCUGGGGCGCAUUAGCCUCCGACCCUCGCGAGAGGCGCACUUCAACUUCAGCUUCCGAGCUGCCGGAGGCGGAGCUCGCACGCAGGUGCAAAGGUUCUUUUUCACCGUCUUUUUAACCUCUUCCGGAGAACGGGUCCGUGUCUCCAACUUUACCCGGCUUUGCUGGGCCGUAGCUGAAGCCCGCCAUGGUUACGGCCAAGCGCCAGUGAGCACUGGAGGAGGACGGCGUGCUGUCGGAGUUCUGCAGCAGGCUAGUGAAGCAGCGCGAGGUCGAGCCUUCAUCGCUGACUUUUGCGGGUUUGGCACUGCGUGGCGGAAAGCUACCGAAUCGCUGGCGGGGAAGGUGCCCCAAACGAGGCGUGCCUGUCCUUGCCGAGCCUUUUCCACGCAGACUCUGCGUGCUGCUUGCCGCCACGAUUGUGCUAGAUGCUGGGUUGUAUCGCCCCGGUGCUCCCAGUGUUGA